AUGGGCCAGGAAUGCCAGAAUGUGGAAGGAGUUCUUCCCAAUCGCAUUUUCACACAUGAAGAUGCAAAGAUGCUGCGACCACGCAAUAUUUUCAGGAAGAAAAUCACCAAACAAGAUGGCAGUGAGGAGGAACCCUUGGGAAGUGACACAUCUUCCUCUUCUCCUUCUUUGACUGCCACCAGUAACACAUCUUCUGUAGAAGAACGAGAUUCAGAAACUGAGUUUGAAUUUUCAAAGACAUUUGGUGGCAAACGUAAAGAAAAGAUUGUUCAUCGGAUCCUAUGUGAGGGCAACCAGGAUAUACAGGUUGUGGAAGUUGGAGACGAUGAUGAAUCUGAUGAAAACUUAACCCCAAGCAUCAGUACUAUUGUUACCGCAACUACCACCACCACUACCACCAGUGUGACCCCUGCAUCCACCACCACCACCACUGUCUCAGCAGCUGCAACCCCAAAGAAGUCAAGAAUUGACAAGUUGUGUGAAAAACUAAGAGAAAAUUCCUCUUUUGGAAAAUCUGAAGAUGUUAAAUACACUAACCAACUUGAAGACAGUAUUGUGCCAUCAAAGAAUGGACUGGCAUCUGGCAAGGAAUCUCCUCAGCCUUCAAAAACAUUGUUGCAAGAGUCAGGGAACCAGAAUGAGGCAACUGUUACACCACCGCCACUUCCACCUUCUCUCCCAACCCCACCUCUAACCCAGCCUGCCACAUCCACAACAGAGAAAACUGACAGCACUGCAGAGAAAGAUUCAUUAAAGCUUCUUCGGCACCAUCUGAGGAAAGAGAGUGUGGCUACCACGUCGACCAGCUUUGCAGAGAGUGACAUGAAACGUGAAAGUUACAUGAAGUCACCCCAUGUCACUGCAGAGAAGGAGAAAUUGGUUGAAAGAAACACUAAGAAAAGUCUUUCAAUUAAAGCUCAGAAAACAUCAGAUUUGGCUGCUAAGUUGGAUAUUAUUCUUCCAAUCACAUACACAGCAUCCCUGAAGAAAAGCAAAUCCAGAGACGGCCUUUCUGCCUGUCCAAUUGUAUUGACUGCUGUGCGUCAUCGCCUCAAAGAGUGUUCAGUUGUCGUUCAUGACUGCAAAGUCACUGUUGGUGAAUCCUGCUCGGCACUUCUUUUUGAGCAAAAAACAUACAGUUGCUGCCAAGACAUUCAGAAUUUGGCUCAUGGGAACCAGAAUGAGAAAUCUGGAAGGACAUCAGACAUAAAGGCCUCCAAGCAAAGUUCAAGUUUCUCCCAAAGUCAACAGAAGAGUGAACUGAAAGUCAAUGUUUUGUCAUCAUCUGCUGUCCUACAAGAUCCAUCUAGAACAAUGAAAAGAAAAAUAAUAGGCUAUAACGGUAACAGCACUUCAGUGUUGUCACGCGAAAAAGUAUACGCCCUGCUCGCUUUGCACCCAGCGGGAAACAUGCAGACUCUUAACAUUCUUACCUUAAAUUGCUGGUGCAUUCCAAUUCCAUUGUUGUGUAAGGAUCGGAAAGAGAGGAUCCAGGCGAUUGGAGAAGCUCUCAGCAUUGGGAACUAUGAUGUGGUUCUACUUCAAGAGAUUUGGUCAACAUCAGAUUACGAUUUUCUAUCACAAGUGACAGCAACAAGUCUGCCCCAUUCUCAUUAUUUCCACAGUGGUGCCAUUGGAAGUGGGAUGUGUGUUUUUUCAAAAUUCACAAUCAAAGACACGCAUUAUCUUCAGUUCCAUCUGAAUGGUUAUGCUCACAAAUUACUUCAUGGCGACUGGUUUGGGGGUAAAGGUGUUGGUCUUGUAAAACUCGAUAUGAAUGGAUUCAAUAUCAACAUCUAUGUGACUCAUUUCCAUGCUGAAUAUAACUUCGUCAAUGAUGAAUAUCGUGGUCAUCGGCUUCUUCAAGCUUUUCAACUCAGUCAGUUUGUGAAACAUACUUCUGAAUCAUGUGAUCUUGUAAUUGUUGGCGGAGAUUUCAACAUGGAGUCAUCCUACCUCAGCUACAAUAUGGUUCUGGCCAAUGCUAUGCUUUGUGAUACAUGGAAUGAAAAGAAAUCUUCAAGCGGUGACCCACAUGGCUGCACAGAUGAAACUGCAAACAACUGUUAUACUCCAUUGACAGCUUUACAAAAACACCCCCACGGGAGGAGAAUAGACUUCAUUUUUUACAGAACCAAUGCAGGUUGCCAAGCCGUUGUUGAAUCAUGCCAAACUGUGAUGGGUAAAAUUCCUGGCCAAAAUAUGAAUUAUUCUGAUCAUGAAGGUGUAAAUACCACCUUAACAAUCUCUCAUUCCCCGACAGCUCAAGCGUGUCCUGCAAUGGAUUUUCCUGUCUUGUCCAGGCUUCUGGAAGAAGCUAACACUGUCUUCAAAAACAGUAUUGAAGGUUUGCAACCAAUUCGUUUCUUUUGGAUUUUGCUGGCUUUGAUAAGCGGCCUUUCGUUAUGUGUCAUGUCUUCAUCCCAAGUGUACACAAAUGUGCUGCAUUUAAUAAUGAUCUUACUCAAGACAGUCAUUAUUGCUACUCUGGCCAUCAGCAUUUGGACAGGGAUUAUAGUUGUUAUGAUUGAGAGGAAUGGAUAUGUGGCUGCCAAAUUGGAACUUGCCUUCCUGAUGAAGGCCAAAAAAUUGAACUGA